UUGGUAGCCGUAAAGCGGGCCGGACUGCCAUGCGGAGGCCCGGGGUCUCGCCCCGCGGAUGGCCCUUUACUGGUAGCUUUGCAGAAAGGAGGUUACCAGUCAAGAGGCACAACACUCCCGUCGUUGACAGAGUCAAGGAACCAGGGUCCCUGGUUCUAGUCCUCUCUCUUGAAUGGGCGUCGCAGGCCCUAGCCCGCCCCACCUUUUUUUAAACCAGGGCUUCAGUUUCCCAUCUGUGAAAUAAAGGAGAGUUGAAUCUGCCAAGCGAUCAUAUUCCAGAACUGUAAUGGGGUGCAGAGGAGGAGGAAAUGGGGGACCUGCACGUGAAAGCCCCGCGUGGGACCCCGCCUAUCCGUGGUCCACGGGAUGGAAGCGCCCAGAGGACAGAAAGGAGUGGGCGGAUCCUAACAACCGAACCUGGUCGCCCUAGGCAGCAUGCUAAGGCGGAGCAUGGGGCGUGGCAGCUGGCUAACCCUGGCGACGGCACGGAAGAAAGAUGGGGGUCGCCACCCGGGCUUAUCAGGGGGCCUCCAUGAAGGCGAGGGCCGGGCAGAGACUCCUCCUGUGACCCGGGGCGCAUUUGGGGAGGAUGGACAAGAGGACCGGAGACAGCUACCGGAGGCUCCCUCUCAGCGGCAGGUGCGCGGAGGCGCUGGUCGCGGGUCCUGAGAGCCUCUGUCGACAGUAGCGUCAGCACAAAGUUUGUCUGGGGCCAUGAAGAGCGCGCGGGCCGCCGGGCCCAAGGCCGCAGUCGGGGCUGGCGGCGUCCUACCGCGCUGAAGGCGUGAGGCCGAAAGGGGCGCUGGCGGUCAGAGCGCACAGCCAUGGCGCGAGAAGAGUGCAAGGCGCUGCUGGACGCGCUCAACAAGGCGACCGCAUGCUACCACCACCUGGUGCUGACCGUCGGCGGCUCGGCGGACUCGCAGAACCUGCGUGAGGAGCUGCAGAAGACGCGCCAGAAGGCUCAGGAGCUGGCAGAGGCCAUCCGCGCCCCGCUGACUGCCGCCCUGCGCGAUCGGGGCCUGGGUGCCGAAGAGCGCGCCGAGUUCGAGCGCCUCUGGGUGGCCUUCUCCGGCUGCCUGGACCUGCUGGAAGCCGACAUGCGGCGCGCGCUGGCGCUGGGCGCCGCUUUCCAGCUGCGUGCGCCGCGGAGGCCGCUUGUGCGCACCGGGGUGGCAGGCUGCGGGACGGGCAUAGCAGCGCGCGCCCUGAGCGCCCGCAGCCUACGGCACGAGGCGAACAGCGACUUCGACGUGAACGACCAGCUCGAGCUAGAGCGGGAGAUCCUUCAGGUGGAGGAGAUGAUUCACGACAUGGAGAUGAAGGUCAACGUGCCCCGCUGGACUGUGCAAGCCCGGCAGGCUGCGGGAGCCGAACUCUUGUCCAGUGGCAGCGCCGGCGCCUCCUCCGUGGGCGGCGUGUCCACGGAGGAACGUGCGCGGCCCUGUGACCCGAGCAAGGCUCUGGCCGCCACCGUUUUCAGCGCCGUGCUGCUGGCGGCUGUGGCCCUGGCCGUCUGCGUAGCGAAGCUGAGCUGAUCGACACCUGACGGAUCCCGCUACCACCAUUGUCACCCGGGACACCCCUUCUGGGAGGAACCCAACCGCCAAGACUUUGGAAUGGGAGGGGGAUCUGGCAUGUUUAAGGGGAGCGGUUCGAAAUCCCUAGGCGCAUUUAUAUAUAUACACGCGCGUUUCAAGCACACAUCUGCCUGGACAAAACCUGGUUUCCUCUUGCUGGCCUAGGAGGAGUUAAUUUUGCAGGGGCCACCAGGGCAUUAGCGCUAAUGUAUGCAGAGUUUUAUCCCCUAUUAAUAGACAAUCGCGCACAGUGACAGUCCCCAGAUUCCUCCGAGUUAAUGGUUUCCCGAGCUGCUGGGGUGUAUUUACACUGAAUCAAGCUUGCAGCCCCCACCCGUCAGCGAUUCCCAAUCUCUGCGUGGGGCAGUUUAAAAAGGAGGUGAAGUGAAAUGAAGGAGAGGGGAGCUGUUUUGCUCUGUGUGGCUGGUGGUUUUGUUUCCUGGACAAGCAACGCAAGAAGAUGUAAGCAGUUUUUAUCACCUUUAUCAUUUGGGGCCUAAAUUUAGGAGCAUAUGCAAAUAGAAGUUCGUGCAAAGUGCUUUCUCUUUGACGAACGAUUUUGCUUCUUGGCACAUAGCCACCAAAAGCAGAUAGAAGAGGUCUAGAGUCAUAACUUCUUUCCGCCCCCCUCCCCCCAAAAA